AUGCCUGGCAAAGUCUGGUCCAAGGAAGAAGAGCGCGUCUACUGGCGUGUGAUCGUUCCUAACUCCCAGAAGCGUGUUGACGGUGGCAUACCAAUGACCUGGGAGGAGCUGGCCCCUAUCAUGCAGACGACCAUGGGUCUCUACGCCAAGCGCAAGUAUACUCAUCUUGGUCUCUUGGAGCACUACUUCCAGAAUAUUGAAAAGAACCGGAUCUCGCCCAACGCGGCCCCGUACGUGCGCGCGCAGAAGAUGGCCAUUGCCAGGGCUAUGAAGGAAAAGAUUAAGACGCAAGAUGACGCGACCACUCCUUCUCAACAUGGACAGGGCCAAGCUAGCUUCGACAAGCAUACCGGCGAGACCACUGAUGAAGAGAACGGAGAUGUGUUUUUGGAGGACACUGACGGCAAUGAUGAAGAUUAUGUCUAUGAUGGAGAUGACGACGACGAUGAAGACAACGACGACAAUGUUCUUGGAAUCGUCCGUGCCGUGAACCAGCAGAACCGAAUUGACCAUGCUGAUUCUCGCCCUGUUGAGCGUGCUCCGGGUCAGAAUCCUUCUCUUCCUCACAAUCUCCCAGCCCCUUUGGUCGACAUGGGCCCUCAUGGCAACUUCGUUCCCGGCAUGGUGCCCCAGCACACCAUCUCGGCGGAGCGCUCGACUAUCGCCGCUCGCCCAGCGAGAGCUCUCAUGCGGAACCGCGACCAUCGUGCUCAUCCGUACGAGCGCCCCAGACUCUCUCAGCGUGGUCGACAGCCACCCCAAGAACUUGCUCGAUUGGCGACGCAACCCCGGUUCCAGAGCCAGGGUUACUACGAUCAGGGCCCCAGAAUGCAGAGCCAUUACGGACAGAACCCUAGAAGUGAGGGCUACUAUGACCAAGGCCCAAGCACUCACAGCUACUACGGCCAGAACCCUUACCCCCAGGCCUACAACGAUCAGGGCCCGAACACCCACGGCUACUAUGAUCAUGGUCCCAGAGCCGAGGGCUACUACGAUGAGAGCCCCAACAUCAAGAGCUCCGGUCAGAGUCACAACGAUCAGGGUUACUACGACCAGGGCCGGAACCAUCAGGGAUACCACGCGAACCCGGCGUACAACACUGGUCAGCACCACUAUGCUCCUUCCAUGAGCUACAGCGGUCAUCAGGCUAUCGCGGGAUCCCACCAGUACGGUCAGGAUCCUCUGUACCAGUCCUCUCCCCAGUCGCAGCAGCCGCCGAUGGGCUACUCUGACUAUCCUGUCGGACACCGAUUCGGCUCCUCGCUGCACUCCGCUGUCCAGAAUGCGAUGCCUCGCUACUCGGACCCCCGAGCCUCGAUGUCGCCUGAUGGCAGCUCCGCGCAGAGCAUCUACGCGCCGUCCUUCGCCUGCGUUGGCCAUCAUUCAACCAUUCCGGACUACAUUCAGCGCCCCUCGGCAGCCGGCCCUGAUCAGCAGCAGCGGUCCCGCCGUCCUUCUUCUGCUUCUGUUCGUCAGUAUGCCGCUGAGGAUUACCAUCACCAGGGUGCCUACGAAAUCCAUCGCGAGGAGCCCGAGAAGGAGCUGGUUCAGCGUCACUCUUCCCCUUCUACCUCUAUUCGUCAAAAUCCUACAGAGUACACCCAUCGUCAGGGCGGCUACAUGGACAGCCUUGAGGAGCCUCGGGACGAGGGGUUCCGGCGUCAAUUGUUUUCUCGCCAGCAUCUCGCCGAGCACAACAACCGUCAGGGCGCCUUCAUGGAUAGUAUUGACGUGCCCGAGGACGAGUUUUAG